GACAGCUAGAGAGGCACGCCCCACACUUGUAGAGCCCAUUUUGUAUAUUAACACUCAUUGAGAGGGUCAGAGUGAGUAAUGGCCCUCACCAUGGAGCCCUAGCUUGGCACACCAACACAGUAUCCUCCGAUGAACGUUAGCUAUGGGCAUCUCCAUGCUGCUGUAAAUCCGUCAAAACAAAGAUGAGAAAGAAAAGGCCGGUUUAGUGAGAAACAAUGCUCAAUUUCGUAUAAGAUGGGGGGGGGGGGUUGAAAGAGUCCAUGAAGUAGCCAUGGAUCUGGAAAAAGUCUUUCACAUGAACAGGGGAACUGGGGAAUAUAGCUACGCCCAAAAUUCGCACAUUCAGAAACAAUGUUUGGAUAACGUGAUGCCCAUAACACAAGAGGCAGCCAUUAAAAUGCUUUCUACUGAUUUUCCUAAUAUCAUUCGGAUAGCUGAUAUGGGUUGUUCCUCUGGACCCAACACCUUCUCUGUCUUAAACACCAUCAUCCACGCUAUCUGUCUGAGAUAUCAAGAAGUUUCUAGGAAAAUUCCAGAGUUUCAAGUGUAUCUCAACGACUUGCCUGCAAAUGACUUCAACUCAGUCUUUAGGCAACUGCCUUCUUUCUAUGAGUUGAUGAAAGAGAAAGAAGAAAGGGUUUGUGAUUCAUGUUUCGUGGCAGGUGUUCCGGGUUCUUUCUAUCGGAGGCUCUUUCCGGCAAACAGUUUGCAUUUUGUUCACUCUUCUUAUUCCCUGCAAUGGCUCUCUAAGGCAAGCUCAAGUUCACUAGCCACAACAAUAUUUUCCUUUCAGUGUGCUGUGACUUGAGUUGGGUAUAC